AUGAUCGCGUCCCUCUACCGGACCUGGCGGCAGCAGGCGCGGGCGCUGGCGGCGGUGUGGCGGUGUCCGCAGCUGUACGAGGCGCAUGCGAGGCUGGCGCGGCGGCACAUGGAUGCGUGGCCGGCAUCCGAUAGCCGCUGCGCGGUGUGGGAGCGACGCGCGCGCAAGCGUGUGCGGCAGCUUAUGCAGGCGAACGCGGGCUUUCCGCCGGCGGUGCGGCGUGCGAUCGACGAGGCGUACGGCCGGCGCGGCCCCUUUCGGCACGUCCUUCUUGGGGCGCUCCGUGCGCCGCGUGUGACGCCGCACAAGGCGGAGCUGCGAUACCCCCCCGAGCUGCGUGUGCCGACGGUAUCGCCGGCGCUGCGUGCGCUGCUUGUAUCGCAGCAUGCGCAUCGCGGCUCGGCACCGCGUGCGGCGUCGCUGGCGUGUCCACCGAAGCUGCACGUAGCGAUCGAGACGGUCGAGCGGAUCCCCGGUCGCCGCGUCGGACGCCGGCGCGUGGUGCGCGCGCAUCGGCAGUGGCUGGCGACGCAGCUGAAGCGGCUUCGUGCGCCGCUGUGCGUGCGCGUAGAGGCGGACGAGGCAAGCGAGGAUGUGCGUGCGUGGAACGACUACUAUGCGCAGCUCUAUACACAGCUAGAGACGCUGGCGCGCAGCACGCCGCCCAGGCGCGAGCUGCCGCGGUACGUGGCGGCCGCGCGCGCGGCGGCCGUGCAGGCCCAGCCGCGGCAGGUGCUGCGCCGCUGCGUCUCGUUCGGCGAGCGCGGUCGCCGGCGCAUGUGGGCGGCCGUGCUCGCGAGCGCGCCGGUCCUGACGCUGCGCGCGCGGGACAUGCCGGCGCCGUCGGCACGCGCGCGGAGUGCGAUGGACGCGGCCGUCGAGGGCCUAGGCGCCGCGGCGCGCUGUGCGGUGCGCGUCGCCGUCUCGCCGUGGGCGCUGUACGGUGGCAAAGGCCCGCGGCUGUGCCGCGCGUGGGCGACGCCGGCGGAGGCCGCGUAUUUGCGUCACGUGCCGUAG